AUGGUGAAUCCUAAAGGUUACCGUCGUGGCACACGACAUUUAUUCUCAAGAGAAUUUAGACAAAAUGGGCGUAUACCAUUGGCAACGUACAUGAAAGUUUACAAACGAGGAGAUAUUGUUGAUAUUAAAGGUAACGGUGCCGUUCAAAAAGGUAUGCCACAUAAAUUUUACCAUGGAAAAACUGGUCGUGUGUUUAAUGUUACUCGACAUGCCGUUGGUGUUAUUGUCAAUAAACGUGUGAGAUAUCGUAUAAUGGAAAAACGUAUUAAUGUCAGAGUUGAACAUGUUAAACAUUCAACAUGUCGUCUGGACUUUUUAAACCGUGUCAAAAAAAACGAAGAAUUGAAACGUGCUGCAAAACUACAAGGAAAAGUUCUUUCAAGUCAAAGUUUAAAAAGACACCCGGAAGGACCACGCAAACAACAUCUUGUUCGUACAAAAAAUAAUAAACCACAAUUAGUUGAACCUAUACCGUAUCAAUUCAUGGCUGAUAGUAUUGUAGGACGUAAAAAAGAAAAUAUUGUCGAUUUAAAUAAAUAUCUGGAUAAACGUAUACGAGUGAAAUUUGGUGGUGGACGCGAAUGUAGUGGUGUUUUAAAAGGUUAUGAUCAGUUAUUAAACUUGGUACUUGAUCAAACAACUGAAUAUUUACGUGAUCCUGAUGAACAAUAUAAAAUAAGUGAUGAUACAAGACAAUUGGGCUUAGUUGUUUGUCGUGGAACAUCGGUGAUUUUGAUUUGUCCUCAAGAAGGAAUGGAAGAAAUAGCUAAUCCAUUUGUUCAACAUGAAUAA